AUGGUACAAUCAUCGACGUCUCCAUCGGAGGAAACCCCCUUGAUCACUUCCAAUGCCCUUCCCGAUGAAGCACCACAGGCCGUGAGCUUCCUGAGAGGGUCCUUGAUAGUGAUCUUCAUGGGCCUUCUCAUAUUCAUUCAGGCUACCAAUAUGUCAAUGAUGACUACGGCACAAUCCGACAUUGCGGCUGAUCUAGACGCGUUUGCGGACGCAUCAUGGUUCACCUCGGCAUAUAUGAUUUCCUUGUCUAGUAUCACACCGCUGGCCGGAAGAUUCUCCCAGAUAUUCACACCACGCCUCUACACGAUCUUUUCCACGACCCUGCUGUCAAUUGGACUCUUCGUGAGCGCCGCUGCGCCUAAUCUUGGAACUUUUCUCGCUGGUCGAGUGAUAUCAGGGUGCGGGAGCGGUGGGUUGAUGAGUACUUCGAUCAUUCUGGUCCUCGAGAUGGCGAGUAAGAAGCGACGUGGGCUAUGCAUUGGAAUGAUCAAUUGCGGAUAUACCACUGGUGUCGCGUCGGGUGCAGUGCUCGCUGGGUUGAUCACCCCGACACUGGGCUGGCGUGUCAUAUUCUGGACACAGGCUCCCAUGGUUCUUCUUCUGGGGCCACUUCUGUUCCUCACAAUUCCUAAACCCAGGGAUGGGAACAAUGGUCCUUUCAAUUUGAAAGAGCUACUUCAUAGCCUUGCACGCGUGGAUUACGCUGGAGCAAUCACACUGACAACAUCCUUGGUCCUCUUUCUUGUCAGUCUUGCAUCUCCGCAGAUCGAUAUAUGGCCCAUCAUAGUAUCUGUGGUAUUCUUUGCUGGAUUCUUGGCAAUCGAGUCCCACUGGACCGCCGAGCCAAUCAUCCCAGUCAAGGUCCUCAAAGCUCGCAGCGUGCUGGCCACAUGCCUUGCUGGCCUCGGUCUCAUGAUGGCCCGUUGGUCCGUCCUGUUCUUCACACCAGUAUAUGCCAUGGCCGUUCGAGGGUGGUCCCCAGCAUCAGCCGGGCUGAUCCUCAUUCCGACCAACGCUGGUUUCGGUCUCGGUGGAUUGCUGGUGGGGUGGUUGCAUAUUCGUCAGGCCAGUAGUUACUAUAGUUCCUGUCUUGUCAUUUUCGUCUGCUUCGCGCUCACUUCGUUAGGUCUUUCUUUUUUGUCAACGCCAGACUCAUCCGUAGUGACAUAUGUCGGUGCCACAUUCUUGAACGGACUUUGUGCUGGGGCGCUGAUGAACUAUACGCUCUCCCAUCUGCUGCAUCUCACCACGACACACGUGCAUUAUAUUGUGACUGCCCUGGUGGCGAUGUCGCGUGGCCUAGCAGGAAGCUUUGGAUCAGCAGUAGGAGGUGGUUUCUUCGCACGCGUGCUCAAGAGUUCCCUCGAGGCAGGUUUCUCUUCUCACGGCCUGCCACAGAAGCCCGGUCUGGUCCGUAAGUUGCUUGGAAGCCCCGCCCUCGUGGCGCACUUGGAUGGAGUCGAGCACAUCGUAGCUAUCGAGAGUUAUGAGCAUGCUGUGAAAAUGCUGUUCUUGGCUGGUAGUAUCGUGGCAUUGUUUGCGACUUGUGUUCAGGCUGGGGUUGGGUGGACUCCGACGGCUGAUAAGAGCGACAGAGAUUGGGAUGUUGAAGAAUGA